AUGGACCGAAAGGAAGCCCCCGAUCCAGAAUAUAAUGAGCACGAGAUAGUCAUCCCCAGCAUUGAAAAGAGCAUCAAGACGAUCGAACUCCAGGCAAACGAAGCCGAAAGAGCGGCCGCGGCACCAGAGCUCAACGUUGUGCCUACAGCACCCCCAUAUCAUACUGAUACAACGACCGUGGCAUCUGCAAUAUCUUCGUCACCGUACGAUGAACACCACCGUCCGACUCUCCCUCAUGCGCCGUCAAUGUCUACUUCACAAAUAUCGUCGGCUUCAACUAUCUCGAGAAGGCCUUUGCCUCCGGGACCCGGGCCGAGAACAGCUUUUGCGUGUCUAUCAAUGCACAUGACGGACCGCAUCAGACUGUUGAGAUUUCCAGAGCCGAUAGUCCCUGAGAUAAUCGAGAUGAUCCGGAUAGGCUGGCCAAGGGGGAUCAAUACUCCGCGUGAAUAUAGCCAGUCUCUCGAAAUCAAACUGAACGGAAACCCAUGGUCGCCACACUCGUGGGGAGAGUCUCGGAUCCAUGCCCGUAAGCUGAUGGCAGGGCUCCUCGAUGGAUUGUACCAGCGAGGCUGGAUUGUGAAGGUUUCCGUGGAUAUCGGACAUGUCGACAGUUUAUUCUUUCGCUACCAACAGCCUGCGCCGCCGCCGUGUAUAUGGACGAGCAUCUCCUUCCACCACUCCGAUAAACUGCGUAUUGUCGAUGGACCAUCCGGCUUUGGCUUGAUUCUGGCAGAUGCCCUGGGCCCAGAUGUCGAAAACUGCCAAGUGCGAGGAACCAUGUUUGAGAUCAAACUUCACGGGAGUCCCUGGCGAGCUGUCGGCACGAAGACGGUGAAGACUCGAGUUAUCCUUUUGGCGAUUAUGGACGUCCUCGAACAGCAGGGAUUCAGCCUGUAUGCAGCUAUCAACCAUAAUAGCAGACGCUCCAAGGACUCGAGUAACGCUGAAGCCGAUACGUGGUACUGCAACCGGCCUAUUGACUGGAAGCCCGGCCAGUUUGUCUACCACGGGUAG